GAUGGGGAUGCGCAAACGCGCGUUUUGGCUCAAGCUGCUCAAAACUUGAUUCCUGUUCUCCGGCUGGAAGCCUCGACGUCGACUCCGGAUUGGAAGUCAUGCUUGGCCACCUCGUUCCGUUUGCACUGAUCGCGCUGUGCGAUGCAUACUUGCGCGAAGCGACUUCUCUCACGGGGCAGGAGUUUGCUGGGAUGAACUUGAAGGACAAAGCUGACUCAUUGCGCCAGGCAAGCCCUCGGUAUGGCAAGCUCGAAAUGAUGGGAGAGUGUUGCAGCGCUCCAGGUGAAGCGGAGCAGGUGGAGAACGACGUCAACAUGAACUCGGUCUACGGCUCGAAAGCUGAGAUCGCAGAUGAGGUUUUCAAGUACACUUCCUGCCGCAAAAUGGGGGAACAGGAGAGAUCAAGUCAGGCCAAUCCUGAGUGCUCCUAUUUCAUGGUCCUUCAGAACACUGCUCAUGCUGACCAUAGCUAUGCCGCAAAUUGCGUGCCUGCCCACAUGUGCAUGGACAAUGUCGUGGGUAUGACCGAGGGCAAGAUCGCGACGUACGGCGUCGUUGAGCGGAUUUUGCAGCAGAACCUGGAAGGUUUGGUGUACAUCGGCAAAGGCCCCCUGGGCAAGUGCCUGGAAGGCAUGACGAGGGUCAACGAAGGCGACCUGAAGGGCCUAAUCAAGGAGGAGCGCGCCGUCAAGCUCGGCAAACUGAACGUCAUCGCAGACAUUGUCACCGGAGGAGAGGCAGAGAAGAAGGCUCUGACCUUCGAUGGAAUGGAGAAAAUCCCAGCCGUGAAGUCCUUCAACAAAUGCGUGAACGAUGCCAGCGUGGGGUACCUCUUCGUGUUCAAGAACGGCUACUGGAGCGGUGGCAAGAGCGACGUGGAUCUGGGGGCCUUCUCAAAGUACAAGGAGGAGCGGACGAAGGUCAAGGAGCAGAAGAAGAAGGCGGCCGCGACGGCAAAGGCCGCGACGGCAAAGGCCGCGGGGGAGGAGGUGUCCCAGGAAGCUCCGGACCUUGACGACACGCCUUUCCCUGCGCUGCAGGACGCCGAGCGCUGUGAUCUGCCAGAAUUGGGCGCUUCGCUUGUGCCGGAUCCGCCGCCUGAAGGGCCUGUGCUCACCGACGACCGCGAAGAGCGCGAUCAGGACGAGCAGACGUACAUGAACUACCAAAUCGAAGCUCACGAAGCUGAGUUCUGGUUUCACCAGCAUGUGGCCGUCUACGUGUUAAACCUGCCAACUGCAGCUGACCGGUGGUCACGAAUCUCCAGGCAGUGGUUCCAAAGUGAGCACACCCGGAGGCUGGAGGACCCGGGAACUAUUCGUGAGCUUCACAUCAGUGCAGACCGCGUUCCGGGGAUCGACCUCUCCGAGCCAGGAGCCAUCCAGCAGGCGCAGGAGGAGGGCCUCGUGCCCCGCCUGUGGAACUUCUCCGCUGCAAAGCAGAACAUGGUAAGGCUUCUGAAGGACAGCAGCGAGACUACAGCGAGGAGGUAUCUAGACAACUAUGGGCGGGGCACAAUUGGCUGCGCAGCUGCUCAUCUGCGGGCCAUGUGGCAGGCAACGAGCAACGCCCACCGCCUGGAGAAGCCCGUGGUCCUCAUCCUCGAAGAUGAUGUGACCUUGGAGGACGACUUCAUGCUGAAGCUGCGCCGCUUGCUGCGUCACGAGGCCCCAUGCGACUGGGAGGUGAUCUCACUGCGGUCGCAAUGCCCCUAUGGUGUCUGCAUUUCCCCGCACCUCACCCGAGUGCAGCCAGACGCCAACGAGCCGGAGGAGAUGUGCAGGCACGGAGUGAAUUAUGGCUUCUAUGCCAUGCUCUACCGU